AUGUCACCUUACAGGGUUGUUUUUGGGAAGGCAUGUCAUCUUCCCGUUGAGCUUGAGCAUAAAUCAUUCUGGGCUAUUAAGCAGUGCAAUUUGGAUUUUAGUUUGGCAGGUGAAGAGCGCAAGUUGAAGCUGCAAGAAUUAGAGGAGUUGCGCCUAGAAGCGUAUGACAAUUCGGUCAUCUACAAAGUUAAAAUCAAGGUGGCUUGGUCCAUUUAUAAUAACCGAGGUGCAUCAUCAUGGGGAAUCGAAAUUAGGAGCCUCGAAAUUAAUAAAAUUUUCAAAGUGAAUGGUCACAGGUUGAAGCAUUUUCAUGAAGGAGAGCAAGCAACUUGGUUGGAGGAGAUCAAUCUUGAGGAUCCAUGA